AUGAACACCACCCCCACCCCGCCCCCUGGACUCUCCGUCCUCUCCGCGCAGCAGCAGCGGGCAAACGAACUGGCCAAAAUCGCAAAGACACAGAUCGUCUUCAAGAUCGGCGGACUCACCGAGGAAAACUUUGCAUAUGCCCAGCAGGAGAUCCAAGCCGUCGUCCGCCAAAACCCUGGCGACACCGAUCUCUUCUACAUCCAGCGCCUCAUCCACGCCUCCGUCUCCGCCCUCGGAUUCCAGUCCAACCAUCUGCUCUCCAACAACCUCCUCCUCAACUCGCCCUCCCAGUCCCAGCUCGCACUCCGACUGCUCACCUCCGAGCUCAAGAAACUCGCCCGCGACCCCUUCUCAGCCCACAAGUUCACCGACGCCCUCAACUCCGGCCUCAACUCGGGCGGCCAUGCCGAGGAUGCCUUCGAUCUCAAGACGUUCGUCAACAAGAUCCAUCUCGUCGGCCUCGAACUCGUCAUCCUCCUCCACCCCCUCGUCUCCCUCCCCCAUCUCUCCUCCGGCCCUCCCCUGCCCUCCGGCUCCCUCCCACCCGGCCUCCCCCCACCUCUGGGCCACAACCCCAGCGUGCUCGCCAAAAAGCGCCAGAUCGCCAAGGAUGCCGUCCAGAUCCUUCGCGACUCCAUCGGCGUUGCUCUCCACAGCCUCUCCAUCCCUAUCAAUCCGGCAGCCGGCGUCGGAUCCGAUACCCCCUCGGGCGCCGCCUCCGACGAACAGAUGCCCGAGCUCACGCCGAUCCAGCUCUCCAAGCUGCUCUCGAUCAUCAUCUCCGAUACCCCCGUGCCGGCUACCGAGGACGGUAAAGAACCCGAACUGUUGUGGUCGGCUACCGUCCAGCGGGCGACCGUCCAAGCCAUCGUCUCAAGGGUCGGCCAGGAGCUCACCUCCCAGAUCGCCAACCAUUGUCUGGCAGACGCCAGGUUCACCUCCAACCCAAGCCCGAUCACCCUCCUCUACCGGAUCUGCUCCGAUCCGGUCAUCUGCUCAGCCGAUCUCUGCAAAACCGUCCUGCUCAAGACCAAGCGGGGGUGUGGCCCGGAAACCGAAGAGGUGGGCGACCAACUGGCCGAGUUGAUCGAACUCGCCAACAAGUAUGGCAACGAGUUCCCGAUCGAUCAUGUCAGCUGGAUCCGAGCGAUCGGCGAGGUCUACAACAACCGGAUCCGUUGGAGCGAGGUCAUCAGAUUCACCUUCGAUCAACCCGCCGAGCAAGUCACCCUACCCGAUGGCUGGGGACUGCGCUUCUUAGGUAAAGUCCUCAGCCUCGCACCUUCCCUCGCCGUCUCUCCAUCCGAUCGAGCCAGCCCGACCUCGGCCACAAAGACGAGCAAUCCGCCGCCUCAAGUCGAGCCAUCCCAAGGCCCUCCCUCCUCCAAAGAACAAUCCCUCUCCACCUCCUCUCAAUCCAGCCUGCCCCCUUCACCCACCGUCCACAAAAACACACUACCAUCCCAGUCCCCCGCAACCUCCACAGCAGCCAUAUCGAGUCUAUUCGAAAAGUGGUCCCAUCAGUAUACCAAGAUUCGAUUGAUCGAUCGAUUGCUCUACCUUCCACUCGACGCUUCCCCCUUUUUGCACGCCCUCAAACCUAAUCCGCUGGCGCCCAUGAACGGCCCGAGCUGCAAAAAAGUGGUUUCAGCCGAGGAUGUAUCGAACAACUCACCCACCGUCAGGGUUCUGGCCAAGUCUGUCGAGAUGAGUGGGUGGAACGUCAAGGAACUCUUGUGUGAAGUCGCCAAGUUACUUGCCCCGCAAUAUUCGUUUCAAGAAGGCCAAAAGGAGAAAGACGAGACGGUAGAUAAGAUCAUCGAGAAAGCAACCGACAUUAUGGAGAGAGCUUGUAAAACGAACCCCGAACUAGUCAUGAUGGCUUUGAUUCAAGUCCCUACACCUUGGGCGACGCUUCAUAACGACCUGACGGCACGACUACUCCAGUCCUUCCUCAAAGGACACCCUUCCCAUCAGCUGGUUUUCCUGCGAAUAUGGCAACUGGACCCCGACUUUUUGAUGACCGCUCUGCGAGACUUUUAUCAUGAAAACGAGAUGAAUGUCACUCGGGUCUUGGACAUCACCCAAGAUCUCAAGAUCCUCGAUCAGGUAUUAAACUAUCAGCCUGAUGUCAACAUGAUCAUCGACAUCGCAUCGCUAGCUAGUCGACGGGAGUACCUGAACUUGGAGAAAUGGCUCGGUGACCGGAUUGCCCAAUAUGGAAGUUCGUUCAUCAACGGGUGCUUGGACUUCUUGAGCAAGAAGGUUAAACACGAUCUGCUUCGACAGUCGAUCGUCAAUCAAGACAACAGUCCAGCACCUCUUCCGGAGUCGGCCACCCUCAGUCUUAGUGCCCCGACUGUAUCGAUUUUCAUCCGGACAAUCCGCAUGAAUCAUGAGCUGCUGAGUUUGGAAGAGCUGGAGCGCUUCAAAGAAACGCGGACUCAGGCGAUUCAGCUCCAUCCAAAACUGAUGAAUUUCAUGCCGGGUAAUGAAGACGAACCCGGAAUGCAGGUCUCAUCAUUUGAUUCGAGAAUCGAGGCUGAAGUGGAUUCGUUUUACAAGAAGAUGUAUGAUCUCGAAUUGACGGUCGACCACAUCAUCUUGAUCCUCAAAUCGAUGCGAGACUCGCCGGACUUGAAAAACCACCAGUUUCUUGCUUGCUUACUGUCCGGCCUGUUUGACGAAUACAAGUUCUUCUCCACUUACCCGUCCAAGGAGCUCAAUCUCACUGCAUCACUCUUCGGUUCUUUGAUCCGAGAGCAACUAAUAGGCUAUGUUCCUCUUGGAAUCGGUGUCCGAUACGUCCUAGAUGCCAUCCGGAAUCCUAUCGAAUCCAAGUGGUACGAGUUUGGUAGCAUGGCCCUUAGCAAGUUUGUCAAUCGACUAGAAGAAUGGCCCCAGCUAGCAUUGGCCGUAUCCGAGGUUGAAUCGCUCAAACUGACCCAUCCUGAUGUCUACCUGCGCGCCAAAACCGUUCUGAAUGGCGAAAAUUACAAAGACGUUUACCUCUCGACCAUCGUCGGCGACCCUGACGAAGAUGCUGAGAACAACUCGAAGCCCAAGGAAGCAAACGAGGAUGGGGAGGAUGAUCCCCGAGUCGUCUUCGCUGCAAUCAAGUCUGACGAUGACUUGAUCUUACGAGAAAUCCGUCGCAGGAAAAAACUGGCCGCUUUGGAUGCUGCUGCCGGCCGUCCAACCGAACCGGAAGACCGAUCGAGUAAUCACAAGUUGAUCACUUCCAAGAUGGAAUUCGUCGAACCUGAGGAACAUAUUUCCGACAAGAUCCUCUUCAUCAUCAACAACUUGGCUUUCAACAAUCUCGAAACUAAGCUCACGGAGAUGUCCAGCCAAAUCAAGCCAGAGCACUACAACUGGUUUGCAAAGUACCUCGUCAAUCACCGAGUCUCCAUCGAACCCAACAAUCAUUCACUCUACCUGCAAUUUCUAGACAAACUUGCCCUCCCUCACAUGUAUAAAAAAAUCAAUAACGAGACUCUCAUUAAGUGUGUAAUCAUGCUCAAUUCCGAGCAAACACUCAAAUCAGGAACGGAUCGGACAAUAUUGAAAAACUUGGCAUCUUGGCUCGGCUCACUGACCUUGGCGAAAAACCUACCGAUCAAGCAUCACAACAUCGCCUUCAAAGACCUCUUACUCCAAGGUUUCAGAUCCAACCGGUUGAUUGUCGCCAUUCCAUUCGUGUGCAAGGUACUCGAGCAGUCCAGCAAAUCGAAAGUCUUCAGGCCUCCGAAUCCAUGGUUGAUGGGCAUCCUGAAGCUACUCAUCGAACUCUAUCAUUACGGAGAGCUGAAGUUGAAUCUGAAGUUUGAGAUCGAAGUGCUCUGUAAGGCCUUAGAGGUCGAGUUGAAGGAUGUCAAGCCGACGGAGAUGUUAAAGAAACAGGACGAGCUCAGCCAACAACGCCAAGAGGUUGAGGAAGUCAAAGCUGCAGCCCGGUCGCUCGCGGCGGCACAGCAACAGCAGGCCGAGCAACACAGUCAUCUCUCGAUCGAAAACGUCAUCGGACGGGCGACCGGCACCCUGAAUCCCAAUAACGCUCCCUCCGGUGGGACCUCCAUCACCGCUACCCAACCCUUAGAAAAUGCGGGCCCUAAUAACCUUCCAGCUGGCUCGCAUAGUCUGUCGCUCAACGGACAAGCUGGCUAUGCUAGCAGUCUGCAAGAACUGUUGAAGCAGGCCCUGCUCGAGUUGCCUCUGUUGAUGACAUUUUCAACCGAGAUUGUUUUGAAUAACAACAUCCUGUGGAAGCGAGUCGUUUUUACCUCUAUCGAGAGAGCUAUUCGAGAUAUCAUUGGCCCAGUGGUGGAACGAUCAGUGACGAUUGCGAACAUCUCGACCCGAGAGAUGAUUUUGAAAGACUUCGCCAUGGAGGGCAAGGAAGAUCAGAUGCGCACUUCGGCACACAUGAUGGUCAAAAACUUGGCGGGCUCGCUCGCUUUGGUCACCACUAAAGAACCGCUACGCAACCAAAUCCUCGUCAACAUUCGCACGCUUUCAACCCAGAAUGGGUUUCCAGAUCACAAUGUCUCAGAUGAGGAGAUUCAACAGGUGACCGCUGAUAAUUUGGACGUGGCCUGUCAGGUGAUCGAAAAGGUGGCCACGGAUAAGGCUAUCCUUGAGAUCGACAACAGUCUAGCAGCUGCUUAUGAAGCUCGUCGAAGACACCGCGAACAUACCAACAGCGCCUUUUGGGAUACCUCUGCCAUGGCCGCCUCUCAUUACUCUGGAAUGUUGCCCAAUCCCCUCAAGCUCAAACUAGGUGGUCUCGAGCCAGAACAACUGCGAAUAUACGAGGAGUUUGCCAAUGUCCGGGACGAUACCAAUUCUUCCAAUGCUAUUGCUGCACAACAGCAACAGCACUCGUGGCAAUCCCAACAGCAACAACAACAACAGCAGCAGCAGCAGCAGCAGCAACAACAACAACACCAGCAAUUACAACUUCAGCAGCAGCAGCAACAACAACAUCAACAGUUUCAACCCCAAGGUCCUGUCCCAGGCCUUGAUGCGACUCGAUCCCCUGCCCUGGCCGAAAACCCGCCUAACUUGACCAUUGGUCAAUCCGAAGAAGCAAACCGCCCAAUCAAUCCGAUUUCAGAUGCUUUGGUUCGCAUCAAUUCAUUGGCAAGUGAGAUCGAAAGACUGGUUCUGACGAUCACCGCCGAAAGCUUAGCCGAGAUUGACGAGAAUCACGAGAUCCGCGGCUUGAUCAAUGAGAUCUUGAAGAUGCUUCGCCAAGCCAGUCCGACGCUCAAAGACCAGUUGACCUUAUCGUUUGCGCAAAAGUCCGUCGCCAUGCUUUACCGCUCCGAAUCCAAGCUGGGCCGCGAUCUGUUUGUGAACCUCUUGGAAGAGAUCUGUGAGAUGACGCCAAAAGUUGCCCACGAAGUCAGCCAAUGGCUGCUCUACGCCGAAGAUGAGCGCAAGUACAAUGUGCCGGUGACAUUAGUGCUGAUCACACAUCGGAUCGUGUCCCUUGGCGAUUUCGAUGCCCAAUCGGCCAAGUUGAUCGUCCGGGAUUACAAGCCCAGUCUAAUGAACUACGUCGCCGAGUUCAUCGAGGCAUGCGUUAUGGGAUCAGAGUCUUCCUUGAUUCCUAUCGGACUUUUGAAGCAUUCCAUCCAAGCCCUUCAACGCGCAAUCCAGAUUGGUCGUGCAACGCCAAAGGUGUCUUCCAUCAUGCAAAACAUUCAGGAUAAGCUUCCAGCGCUAGGCAGUGCCAAGGAUUUGGGGCCGGUGACGAUCAAAUCGAUCAACGACGAGGCCGGGCUGCGGGAGCAACUGAGUUUCUGUUUUGCGGAAUGGGUCCGGAUGUACUCGUCGUCAUACUCGGUCGAGAAGCCGUUCAUCGAGUUCAUCAGCUCAUUGCAAGCGCACGGGAUCCUGAAGGGCGAAGAAGUCUCGUCGCUGUUCUUCCGGGUGUGCAUGGAAGUGAGCAUCGAUGCCUACAUCAAAGCCAAGGCGUCGGGCAGCACCGCCGCGCGAGGAAUCUUCCAGCCCGUCGACGCGUUCGCCCGACUGAUCUCGUUGAUGAUCAAGUACCAUACCGACCCUACUGGGAUCGACAUCGAGCGCGCCAAAACGCAUUACAUGUCCAAGCUGCUGUCCAUCGUCUUGAUGGUCAUGGGCCAGUUCCACAAGGAACUCGGCGAACACUUCCAGCAGAAACCCUUUUUCCGCUUCUUCUCGGGGCUCUUGGUCCAUAUCAACGCGUUGGAAGUUCAUCUGGGAAGCUGUUAUCAAUCAGUCAUGAUGACCUUGAGCAACCUUAUCGAGUCCAUGCAACCAUCCAACUUCCCCGGCUUCACGACAUCAUGGAUGGCGUUGAUCAGCCACCGGCUAUUGAUGCCGAAGCUCCUGAUGUUCAAGGAUCGAGAAGGAUGGUCGACUGUGCAUCGGCUGUUACUUGGCCAUCUGCGAUUCCUGCGACCAUUCCUUGCCUCGGGGACGCUUGACGAUGUCGGGCGGACGCUUUACACGGGCACGGUGCGGAUCUUCCUGGUGCUCUUGCACGACUUCCCGACCUUCCUCUCCGUAUACCACCACUCGCUCUGCUCGGCCCUGCCCCCGCACUGCAUCCAGCUCUCCAACCUGAUCCUGGCGGCCUUCCCCUUGGGCGUCCGGCUCCACGACCCGUUCGUGCCCGGCUUCAGCCUCGAGAGUCUGCCGGAGUCGCGCGUCAGUCCCACGAUCAUCUCCGACUUCACCCACUCCCUCGAGCAGGCCGACGUCCGUCAGCUCGUCGACAAGGCCAUCGCCGGCGCCUCGUCCCCUCUCGUCGCCGUCCCAUCCAUCAAGGACCGACUGGCUAAUCCGCCCAAACCUACUGAGGGCUCCGUCUACGAUAUCCCCCUCGUCAACAGCCUCGUCCUCUACCUCGGCGUCCAGGCCAUCCUCCGCGUGGACCGCGAGGCGGGCUCGUUGUACGACGCCACCUGUCCCUCGGCUGUGGUCUUCAAACAGUUGGUUACCGAGAUCGACCCCGAAGGCCGAUAUUUGCUACUGGUGGCCGCGAUCCAGCAGCUGCGAUGGACGAAUAGCCACACGCUGUGGUACUCAUCGCUGCUGAUCGACAGCUUCAUGAGCACGGAGUCGGAGGUUGUCAAGGAACAGAUCGCGCGGGUGUUUCUGGAACGCUUGCUGGUCCAGCGGCCGCACCCGUUCGGGAUGAUCUACGCGUUCAUCAAGUUCCUCGGCCACUGCGGCGCGCCUGCUUCUAGCCAUCCGCUUAACCGCCACCAGCGGCUCGCUGAGAGUGAGGACGCUGGCUCCCAGAGGAGGACCCCGUCGUCCCUCGAGAACCUCAAGGUCGUCAAGAAGUCUCAGGAACUUAUGGCUCUCUUCUCCAUCUGCAGGAAACACGUCGUCCAGAUCAACUGA